AUGAAGAAAACAUUGGGCAUCUUUGAUUUUAAAUUGCCGGGUCUGGUGAGCUUAUUGGAUUGUGCAAUGGAAAAUAACGGGUAGGCCGCAGUGCACUAUUUGUUGUAGUCAGUGACAGAGGAAACAUUUCAUCAUACUUGUUGUGUUGUAAUUGGAUCUUUGGAAAACAAUAGAAUCGCAAGACAGUUCGGAUUGUAUUUCGGCGGUCAUAAUUGUUAUGCGGGAACUGGCAAAAUUCUUCGGGUGUUUUGUGAAGAUAUUUUUACUCGAGACUGCAAACGUCACGCCCUAGUUUUCGCGCCAGUAAUCAAAUCAAAUAUUCUGAAUCCUCAAUCAUGUCGGCCGUAGCAUCGUCACCUUGAAAGACGGGACCCAUUUUCCAGCAUCGUUUCAUAAAUCAUCGGAAUCAACCUGGUCGGAACUAUAAGCAUUGUGAGACUAUAAGCUGUUGUGUUGGGGUGAAAAAAAUUGAGCAGUUAAAAUUGCUGAUGACAGAGAGUGUGUACAAAUUAGAGGCCGGCAAGUGCCUUUAAUUGAAUUAUAUUAUUAUUGUCAAGAGUGUCAGUUCAGUCGGACCAGGUGUUACAAUUUAAUCCGUGCAGCGAAUGUCGGUCGUCGCCGUCAUCGGUAAAGGAGUUAUUUGCUGUGGGAAAGCGAGAAAUUGUGGACCACGAUCGUCGCUGUCCGACUUGUGCUUGCUAGGUCAUGAAAACAAUGGCGAGAGGUCGCUAAUGAUGCAAUCUCCGGACGGAUGGUAGUUUCCAUUUAUGAACUAAUUAUUUCUCGACGGAUGGUACCGUUUGGUUUCCUAACCGAAGAUCUCUCUCUCUCUCUCUCUCUCGGUGGGGUUAAGUUUGUGAUUUGAUAGCUUUGCAAGGGGAACUGCGCGCGAUGAUUAUGACCAGCGACAACCUUAACCUUAAUGUUUUGACAAUAAGCGCUUUGCGUCACCUCCGGUGGCGUUGCUGAUGUCCGACUGCUGGCAUUGGCGUUGGAGAGUAGUGCUAGUGAUUCGCGAACAACUUGCAGUGCAGUGAUAGUCAGCGCACUCAUGGCCGAUAGCCGCGAACGAAUACGAGGCCCACCGCGGGAUGGGCGCGAAGGUUUCACCAGUCCGCGGCAGGUACUCAGACGUUUGAUGUUGCUAUCCGAGGGCCGCCAAUAUCGGGAGGCAGCAACUGUGGUUGGACGUCUCGGACCGUCGGUGUUGCGGUCGGUUGUGGCGGAACUACCGAUGGAUAUUCUGAUCGAGGCGCUGCCUCACAGCACCUACCUGCUGGAGUCGUUUUUUAACAGACUGAACGCAGUGAUACCCAACCCAAAACCCGAUGUCCCCAGCGAGGCGAUCAUGUGGCACCUUGUCAAACUAUUUAGCAACCCGCACGAAACUGGCCUCCGGCAGAGAUGUACAAAGCUAGUUCAAGCCAUCGGAAUCUGGCAACCGUCCCUUCGGGAUGCCCUGAUUGCUCGCCGGAAACAACUGGACCAAGCCAUCGAGGGCCUGGGCGUUCAUGGACUCACGGCGGACUACACCGGAACUUUAAUCUCACUUCACAUAGCGUUGAAGAACGAACUGCAGCGACACAUAGAGACCUACAAACAGGCAAUCCACAAGCUGGAGGAGCUUAGUCCCGUCACCGUGAAUCAAGAUCCUGCUCAAUCCUCUCAUCAGCGUCUGCUGGCCAUCUGUCAUGGGGACAUCCAGCAGCGGCUGAUUGACAACAAAACGCUACUUACCAUGCUGGACAAACCGGCUCUCAAGCAGCUUGCUCAGCUAGUGGAAAACCUUUCCCAGCGGGUGCAGAACGAUAAAGAGGUUCUGUUCUGUGUGGGACAGAUCCGGCGAAUCGAUACCUCAGCGAAUACGGAGGAGAGACCUGCAGCUGGCCUGUUGAUGAACUACUCCCGAGGCUGUGAGGCUGUCCUGGGACUGAUGGGACCCCUGUCUGCUCCCAGCAGUCCAACGAGCAACGGUUGCAGCAGCGGAAGCGACGGUUACCACUCCGACUCCGAUAACGAUGAAACUAACUCCGAACUUGUGCGCCAGUAUAUCGUCAUGUACAGCAAGCACCGCAUCGAGACGUUGGAUUCACUCAACAGUUUGAUACAAUUGAAACACGCUCAUCAACUGAAAGCGAAGAUACUUUUUUCGAUCAUUGUGCUAGCAUUUCGCGCCUGCCAUGGCCUCAAGGAACGCAAGGUGCUCGAAGUUCGUCGAACGUUGCACGUGUUGGACGCGAAUGAUGACGCGACGGCAGCCCUGGACCGAGCUGUACGGCAAAAUCUCAAAGAAACCGCGGACCGGUUCCCGAUGGGCGACGUCGAGCGACAGGUUGCCAAUCAGGUACUAUCAACGCUUCAUGAAUAUCCCUGUCUGGAGACCUGUCUGCCACUGAUUCACUACAUCAGCGACUGCGUGCGGCUGGCUUGGAAGAUGUCCAACCAAACCGUACCGUACUAUCUGGAUACUGAUUUUACGUUGGGACUGCUUCAACCGGAAAAGCACGAACGCUAUCCAAUCUCGGAGAAACGGUCCGACAUUAUACGGGCCUUCCUGUGGCCGGCGCUGAUGCAGAACGGACGCUGUGUGUACAAGGCCGUUGUGGCAACCUAGGGCUUGCCCUAAACUCAACAACAUUUGCUCAAAGCUUUUAUUCAGCAUAACUGAAAGGCAUUUCGAUAUAUUAUUAAGAAACCCGAGGAAAACAAAUUGCAUUCAAAUUUAUUUUCCAAAAAAUAACCCCAUUGAGAUAAUUGUUUUUAACCUAUUUUGUCGCGAAUGACAUCGUUAAGAUUUUGUAC